AUGACGCAUGAAGCUUCUGGAAUAUUUGAAUUUGCGACUGUUGAUAGCACAAUUGUACUUAAUGAACUGGAAAAAUUAAACUCGUCUAAAUCGACAGGCCCAGAUAAUACCCCAUUUAAACUGUUGAAAGACUCCAAAGAGACAGUUUCACCUUUCUUGGCAUACAUAUUUAAUACUUCCCUAUGUAAUGGGAUAUUCCCCGAUAACCUUAAGGUGGCAAGAGUUUCACCAAUUUAUAAAGAAGGUGAUAAAAAAGAAAGGGGUAAUUAUAGACCGAUAUCUGUUCUUUCGACUGUCGCUAAACUAUUUGAGAAGCUCGUAUGCAUACAGUUAACAGAUUAUCUAAAUGCAAAUGACAUUCUAAGCCCGUGUCAGUCAGCCUUCCGUCAGAACCACUCAACAAUGUCGUCCUUGUUGUCAAAUAGCGAUUCAUGGCUAAUCAAUAUGAAUGCUGGGCUUGAAACGGAGUUGUAUUUCUUCGGAUCUGCGUAA